UUUUUUUUCCUACAAAUUUUGUGCUCAGUCAAACGGAUUCGAUGAAUUAUAAGAUACACAGUACUUCUUUACAAUAAAAUAAAUCAAAAUGUUUGUAUUUUCUGAAACUACAGUAUCUGCUGUGUGGUUCUUGUUUUUUUGUUUGCUUUUAGCUGAUAUAGUAGUAGUACAAACUAAGCUUCUUUCUGCUGAUAUUAUUUUUGGCGGUGCUGUUUAGUCUUUGCUCAGAUAUCUAAUGUUUCUUUGUUAAAAAAAUAGGUAGGUUUUGUGCUUGUUUAAGGAAAGAUAACUGAUAUCACAGAAUUUUGUGGGGUUGAUGAUUUGAACUAUUUGUGUUGUAAAAAUGAGUUCUUGAUUCAACAUGGCUAUGUUGGAAUCAUACAGGAGUUUAUGAGCUCGAUUUGAAAUUUAAUAUUUGUACAUAUUUAGUAGAUUUUCUGCCCCAGGUCGGAAGUAAAAGGAGUCUUGAGAAUUUCACAGUUUCUUGAUUUUUGUGCUACAUGCAAUUAUACGUGGAUAAAAAAUGGAGGGCUCAUCUCAGUCUGGUAGGGAGAGGUCUGAAAAUUCAAGGGGUUUGAAUUCUUCAGGUAUUGUGGAUAGGAAUUCAAGAUUUUGUUAUGAUUCUGGAUUUUCUGAUGUGAAUUGUCUUAAAGAUCAACAAGGCAGGAGAACAAUAGGUAGUAGUACUAGUAGUAAAGAUGUUAGUUUGAGACAUUGGUUGGACAAUCCAGAGAGAAAUGUUGAUGCUCUUGAAUGUUUGCACAUAUUUACUCAAAUUGUAGAGAUUGUAAACUUGGCACAUACUCAGGGGAUAGUUGUUCAUAAUGUAAGACCAUCAUGUUUUGUCAUGUCUUCUUUCAACCGUGUUGCUUUUAUUGAAUCUGCAUCCUGCUCUGAUUCGGGGUCCGAUUCGUGUGAAGAUGGGCUAAAUAGUUCAUCUUCUCCUUUGCCUAUUGAAUCUGGCAUAGUAUCUGAUAGCAGUUGUUUGCAGUCAAGUUCAGGUCAUAUGGUGCAGACUUUGGAAGCUAAUAAGAACAGACAAAUUGAAGAAAAGAAGCAUACUUUUCCUAUGAAACAGAUAUUGCACUUGGAAACUAAUUGGUAUAAUAGUCCAGAAGAGGUUGAUGAAGCUCCAAGCACUUGUGCUUCGGACAUUUAUCGACUCGGAGUCCUUCUCUUUGAGCUAUUUUGUACCUUCAACUCAUCAGAUGAGAAAAUUGCAACUAUGUCAUGUUUAAGACAUCGUGUCCUACCCCCACAAUUGUUGUUGAAAUGGCCUAAAGAAGCUUCAUUUUGCUUAUGGUUAUUACACCCGGAACCAAGUAGUCGGCCAAAAAUGGGCGAGUUGCUAGAAAGUGAAUUCCUUAGAACUCCAAGACAUGACUUAGAAGAACGUGAAGCAGCAAUAGAGCUUAGAGAAAAAAUAGAUGAGCAGGAAAUAUUGCUGGAGUUCCUUUUGCUAAUCCAACAGCGAAAGCAGGAAGCUGUGGAAAAUUUGCAAGAAAUUGUUUCUUUUGUAUCGUCUGAUAUAGAAGAGGCGUCUAAGAUGCAGACAACCCUUAAGAUAAAAGGAGGCUCAAGCUUAGAACGAGCUAAGCGCUUAAAUUCGCGGAGGACAGAUAUUACUGAAGAUGAUGAUUCCGGGAGCUCUGGAUCUAGAAAGAGAUUUAGGCUUGGCACAGGAGAGGAAUCCGAUGGUCAUCAAGAUGAAAGCCAGAAACCCGAAAGGCAAAUUGAAUAUAAAGGCAGCAUUUUAGCAAAAAGUUCCCGGUUGAUGAAGAACUUCAGAAAAUUGGAGACAGCUUAUUUCAUGACAAGACGCAGGAUUGUUAAAACAAUGGACAAACCUACGAGUAGACGUUGUCAAACAAGUACGGAAUGUAGAAGUUCCGGUACAGCUACUGAAAGGAGUUCUCUGAGUAAUUUGUCAUCAAAAAGAGGGUGCAAGGAGGAUGGAGAGAUUGGAUUUAUCAAUUCGUACUUAGAGGGUCUGUGCAAGUAUUUUUCUUUUAGCAAGUUAGAAGUGAAGGCAGAUUUAAGGCAAGGGGAUCUUCUAAACUCAUCCAAUCUUGUAUGUUCUCUCGGUUUUGAUCGUGAUGGUGAAUUUUUUGCAACUGCCGGCGUAAAUAAGAAGAUCAAAGUUUUUGAAUAUAACUCAAUUCUAAAUGCGGAUCGUGAUAUACACUAUCCAGUCGUUGAAAUGGCUAAUAGAUCAAAGUUAAGCAGUAUAUGUUGGAAUGGCUAUAUCAAGAGCCAGCUCGCCUCAAGUAACUUUGAAGGUGUGGUGCAGGUAUGGGAUGUCACGAGAAGUCAGCUUUUCAUGGAGAUGAGAGAGCAUUUGAAACGCGUCUGGUCUGUUGACUUUUCCGUAGCAGAUCCAACCAUGUUGGCGAGCGGGAGCGAUGAUGGUUCUGUUAAGCUUUGGAAUAUCAAUCAGGGAGUAAGUGUUGGAACCAUAAAAACAAAAGCCAACGUCUGCUGUGUUCAGUUCCCUGUUGAUUCUGGUCGGGCCCUUGCUUUUGGUUCAGCAGAUCAUAAGAUAUAUUACUAUGAUCUACGAAACUCAAAAUUGCCGCUAUGCACAUUAGUUGGGCACAACAAGACAGUGAGCUAUGUCAAGUUCAUAGAUUCAACAACUCUUGUGUCUGCAUCUACGGAUAAUACGAUAAAGCUCUGGGAUCUGUCAUCGUGCACGUCUCGUGUUCUUGAUUCUCCUCUUCAGUCAUAUACCGGUCAUAUGAAUGUAAAGGUAUUGUACUUUGAUCCUAUCACCUGAAUAACGAUCUUGUUUCGUGACCUCAUUGAACAGUAUGUUGUCUUUGAACAUUCUCAGGGGUAUAGUUAGAGAAAUCUUAGUUUCCCAUACAAUUAAGUUAAAUCAAAUCUAAUUUAC